CAAGAGUCGCGUAUUUGUUGAUGAAAGUUGGAAGUUCUUGCAAUCUUGACUCAAGACUCGUGACUAGCCUCGCUCGCAUUCACACUCACACUCACACUCACACUCACACUCACACUCACACUCACGCCCAACCCCAUACUGUGGCUCUCACUAACACCCAUUCAGAUGUGCUGAUUGGUUCUGAAUGGCGUUGCAUUUCUCUUCCCAGCUUUGCCAAGUUUACAACCACCCCAAGCCAGCCCAGCGCAGCCCAAGAUGCCGCCCACACCGUUCGCCCCAUCUCAUCAGACGCCCUUCAAAUCCAGCGUAUCCACCGCCAUGUCAGGUGCGCGAGCCAGCGCGCGUCUUCGGUCCGACUGCGAAUCGCAAGUGUGGCCACCUGCACCCGGCAGCAUACGCGCGCAAGAUUUGGAUGCGAGGGAAUGGAGUUAUCUGGCCGAAGGGGGCAAGAAUCUGUUGCUCAGGUAUUGUGGAGAGAGCAAAAAGGGAGAAGGAUGGCCCUUUGUUCGAACAGGUGGCAGAGAAGCGUUGGCGCUGCGUGUUGUGAAGCGCGAGAGGGGAAGCGUGCAGCGUGGGGGUGAGGCUGCGACGAAGGUGCAGCAGGAGCAGGUGCAGGAGCAGCAAGAAGAGGAGGAGAUCGAUGCGUUUGGCUGGAGAGAGCAAGUCGUCGCUCCUUUGCUGCAUCCAGGGGUAGGGCUAGGGCUAGGCGCAGGGGCAGGGGCAGGGGCAAGCGCAUCCUCUUCUUUGGCGCAACGUGAAUGCUCAGCACAUUCGCUGCUGCCUGCGAUGCUCGAGAUCCAAUUGCCAGGCCACCAACAAGGGACGGUCUCUUCCUUCUUGGCUCAAGUGGCAGCGCGCAUCGAAUUGUCUCGACCGGCCUCUCGAAGAAGAGUUUCGGGCAUCGACGAAUCAGCCAACCGAGUGUGGGCCGUGCAAGAUCUCAGUUGGAGCGAUGACGAUGCUGAGCGCCUUGAUGGUGCUGGUGCUGGUGCUGGUGCACACCCGCAAGCACAAGCACGCGCGCCCGCUUCAUUGGCCGUCGAGAUCAAACCCAAGUGGGGCGCUCUGCCUUUGCCUCUUGCUUUGGCCGCGCUCAGCAGUCACCCAGAGAGCGCAAAGAGCGCAGAGCUGAAGGGCCGACAUUCGAGGUACAUCAUGCAUCGCAUCUUGAAGCAGAGAAAGCAGCACACGACGACGACGACGACGACAACAGCAUCACCAUCAUUAUCGCAUCACGAUGCAGAGCCUCUGAUGAACAACAUGUACGACCCCCUCUUGCUCUACUCGGACGAUGCGCACCAACGCCAAGAAGCGCUGAGAAGACUCGUUUGGGAGUGGAGACAUGGUUGGGUGGAAGUGGAGGGUGGGGCACACGAGAUGUCCAGCACAUCUGCAUCGCGCAAGAAGAGCAAAAAGAGCAACAAUUUGAAAUUCUUUGUGGGCGAUGAUGGAGAGGUGGAUGUGAACAGCCCUGCAGACGUGGCCCGUCUCACAAGUGCGGUCUCUGCGUUCAGCGGCACACCCCUUGCCGAUCUCAAAGAUGCAUCAGCGCUCGACUCUGCGCUCGUGCAGCUGCUUCUUCCCCAUACCGGCACCGCUGACCAUCUGUGCGCCCCGCUGAAGCGUUUGGUGCACCUUCAAACAAAUCUGGAUGCUCACGAUGUUCAAGGAUUAGCUCAGAGGUGGAAGGCUGAGACGGGAAACGAUGUGCUUGGUGUACUUCCAUCCGCAUCGCAUGAUGCUGUUGCUGCGGCUGCGAGACAAGGCGAUCUGGUCAGCGCGCCCACUCUGCAAGAGUACGCUGCGCUGGUCCAGAAAAUCGGCCAUGAUGAGCGCAUCAACAGUCGCUUGUCGCUAAGGGAAGCUGUGCUGGCUUACCUGCUCAGCGCCUCGUUCAAGGAUUGCAGCCUCAUGCUCCGCCUAGAGUCGCAAGAUACGCAAAUAGUGCAGGGAGCGAUUAAGCUCAUCGACCUUGAUCCCAAACCUUUCGGCAAGCUGCCCCAUUACCAAGCGCUCGAUCGCGAAAUUGUCGAGAAUUUUGCCAAGUGGAAAGCCGGCGCUGCAGAUGUGGUAGAGGAGAAUAACGCUGUGCGCACUCCUGAACGUCAAGAUCUCCGAGGCUCAGAGUGGGGUCUGAUCGCUGGUCGAACAUGGACCUCGUCGGCUACCCCUACGCAAGACGACCAGACCACAAGCUACAUCGAAGAAGUCAUCAAGGGUACAUACGCUGCAAUCUUGAACGACAAGAGCGUAUUGGGCGUGCUAAAACUCCUCGGCGAACAAGUCGGUCGAGGAAUCACUUCUAGACAAAGUUUCGCCCUCUCUUUGCCCAGCACACCUGUCGAGCUGGGCCGCAACACGGACCCUUUGGUCAUUCUGGCUGCAGGCGUGGCUGCGCUGCACAUUUACGUCAGGCUGAACUGGACCGGACCUGAAUUGGACCGGGGCGAAGAGGAUCUGAGACCACUUGGAGUUUUGCGAAGUGCUGCUCCGAACGCUUUUCCCCCCCGUCAAGUCGACAUUCCGAGCGGUAGUGAUAGCGAUGGCGAUGGCGAUCCUGGCGACAUGGAAGGACAACUGCACGAUGCGGCGCUAGAGGCGCUGACGAGAUCUGGCGAGCCGGCUUAUCACUUGGCUAGACAGCCCGCUUGGUUGGUGAUUGCGCUUCUGCUCAUCGACGCUGCCAAGGGACCUCAAAGUCAAGCUUGGUGGCGUUUGAGAGCAGCUUCGAUACACGUGCGCUCUCUGGACGCGCCUUUGCCGCUUGAACCUGCUCUACUGCGAGAUCUGAAGCCCCUUAGAGACUUGUUGGCCAGAAGAGCACGAGAGGACGGCAAGUGGGCAGGUCUGCACGCUAGGCUCAUACUCGAACAUGGACUAGCACUUCAACGAGCGGGGAACGAUAGAUUGGCAAAGGAGCUCUUUGUCGAGGCUGCCGCAGCCAGUGGCUUGCGCUACGAAAUCACCGGAGCGCUGGGUAAGCGAACAUUCUACCAAAAAGAAGAUAGGACGCAACUCGUGCUGCUUGCUGAGAGCGCCAAAGGACGAGAAGAUGAAGGCGUGAGCGGGGAAGGAACAUCAAAGGAUGAGAUCGUCACGAAGGAGAAGCCAAGCGAACAACGUGAUGGAGCGCCCGAAAGCGGCUGGAAGUCUUCCGUGGACGAGAGCCAACCGAAGGAUAUGCCGGCCAGUCUGCUGCACAAUGACGAUACAUUCAUGGAGCGCACCAAGUUCACCUCUUCCGCACUAGCUGCUGGACAAGAUUCGGCGGCUGAAGCAUCUUCAAUGCUGGAUACGCAAGAUCCCAACGACCCUUCACCGCUCUCCCCCCUAGAUGCUUGCAUUCUGCUAGCUUUCUCCCUCGACCUUCGCAACUCUUCACCCUCCCACGGUCUCGUCGCUUCGCAAAUCUCUGCCUUUGUAGCGCGCACCCUUUCUCACGCGCGCAAUUGGAGCGUGCACACCAUGGCGCUUCUGCUCCGAAGCCGUCUGGAAGCUCAUCGAACGCGCACGGCUGAAAGAGGAGUGCUGCAGCUUCAGGCGUUGGUGGAUCAGAUGCCCAGCGCAGAUAGCUCGACGACCGAACGCUUGCUCCUCUUCCAUUCGCUCGACUUGCCAUCGGCGUGGGAGAUGCGCGCGGAACUUGCAAGACUGUACGCAGCUCUAGGUGUGAUCAGGAGCGCUUUGGAAAUCUUUCAGAAGAUCGAGUUGUGGGAAGAGGUGGUGGCUUGUCUUGGAGCGCUGGGAAGACAGCAAGAAGGUAUAGAGGUGCUGCAUGAUCUGAUACAGGGUCGAAAAGUGGAAGCGGAUCACUUUAUCUCUGAGCGCAAGGCGAAGAGAAAGACGGAGACGCACGCAGCUACAUCCGAGCUCGCCAGACGCAAAAUCAACAAUGCCAGAAUGGCCAAGUUGUGGUGCCUAUUGGGAGAUUUGCAAGCGGAGCAAGCUCAAACGCAUUAUGUGCGCGCGUGGGACGUUUCGCAAGCUUCUUCUGCACGAGCAGCUCGGAGCUUGGGCGGCUUGUUCUUCGCACUGGGCCAACACGCAUCAGCUAGCACGUGGCUCAAACGAGCGCUCAGCAUCGCCCCUCUCUUCACUAGGAGCUGGUUCAUGCUGGGUUGUGCACAGAUGAGGCUGGAGAAGUUUGCGGAUGCGGCGGCUGCGUUUAGAAGGGCGGUAGCUUUGGACGAAGAGGAUGCAGAGAGCUGGAACAAUCUGGCUAGCUGUUACUUGCGCAUGGGAUCGGACGAGGAUGCGGCUAGAUUGGCUAGCGCGCACGAUCAUGCGCCCGAUAGCGUUGCUGUAGUGGACCGAGCCACGAUCAGUACCAGCGAGGCGGAAAGCGAUGGCAGCCAAACCCUCACGGAUGGUCUUUCGUCGCGCGGAGACUCGGGCGUGGAAGUGUCUGAUGUCGACGAGGAUCAGGAGCAGAUGAUGAUGGUUGGACAGAGUCGAGCACGAGGUACGACACCUUACGAGCUCCGAUUGCUCGCCCAUCGCGCGCUAGCAAAGGCGGUGCGCUUCAGUAGAGACAAUUGGCGAGUGUGGGAUAAUUACAUGAUGGUCUCUUUGGAUGCUGGAUACCUAUCCGAAGCGGCUAGAGCCUUGACCCGCGUCAUUGAGCUUCGAACCUCUUCGCGGGAUGCAGGUGGGAAAUCGGCGAUGCUGCAAGUCAUCGAUAUGAAGGUUUUGCAGCGGCUCGUCGAUGCGGUGACUCGCGCACCGGCAGGUGCGCAAUCUACCGAUUCCGAAGAGUACGUGCGCAGCCCCAACGAAGGUCCCGGCCUAUUUCCUGCCGUCUCGGACCUUUUCAAAAAUGCCAUUCUAGAUAGGAUCACACCGUGGCCAGCUUUGUGGCAGACGUACGCCCGCUUAUUGUUGUGGCAAGGAGAGUACAAAUCGGCAUUGGAAGCGCAUUUGAGCGCUUGGACGACCGGACAAGAAGGACCCGGCGCGUCGGAUAAUAGUGCUGUGCAAACGGACAAGCAGACGUUUGUGCGAGCUGUCGAGCAGUUGGAAGAGCUGGUAGAGCUGCUGGAAAAUUAUGCACCUAGACCCGCUUUCAAUCCGACGAUUCGGGCAUCGCUCUCUGCAGCUGCUGACACGCAAGUGUCAGAGGAGCAGGAAGAGCAGCAUCAUCAUCAACAACAACAGCAGCAGCAGCAGCGAGUGGCCAUGCCCAAUUGGGCCUUUACAGCAAGGAGUCUGGUCAGAUCCUUCAUGGGCCGGACAAAGAGCGCAUUUGAAGAUGAGCCAGAGUGGGAGAGGCUCAUUGCUCUACGAGACGAACUCAAGGGCAAGUCCUGAUUCGGCCGUUGUGUCUUCCAGCAUCAGCGGAGAGAGGCACACGCAGCGACUCUUGUCGCACGCACCUCUUUGCGAUCCUACCCCCCCAAAGCUUGGCUCAGUCUUUCGCUCCAUCUGAUCAACUUGUAGGCGCUCACGCCAAGUGCGCUCCGCUCGACCCAAGCACGACCAUGUAUCUCCCCUACUGCGAUGCACGACGCGCAACAAGCGCAGACGAUGCACUGUACCCACGGGUCCAUGCAACAAGAAAGGAAGAGAUAGCGAGUGUUUUGCUCGCGACGAACCUAGAACGAGCUGUCCUUCAUAGACGAGGGUCACAAAAUUCAUAUGCGCGUGC